UUCCAGGAAAAGGAGGAUGAAGAAGAGAAAUUUCACACUCUUAGUUAUGUCCAUAUUGGGCAUCUUGGCCAUGGCAAGAUCACAAGGCCCUGGAGAAUCAGAUCUUGUCACAAACUUGCCUGGCUUGAAAGACCCAAUACGAUUUAGACAUUAUAGUGGAUAUCUCAAUGGUGGAUCUGGAAAGAACCUUCAUUAUUGGUUUGUUGAAUCUGAGAAGAAUCCAGAAAAAGAUCCUCUUCUUUUAUGGCUCAAUGGUGGUCCAGGAUGCAGCUCUAUGGAAGGAAUGCUGGCUGAAUUGGGACCUUUUCAAGUGACCAAUGAUGGGAAGUCCAUAAAUUUGAAUCCUUACAGUUGGAACAAGAUCGCAAAUGUUAUUUUCCUGGAAAGUCCAGUUGGUGUUGGGUUUUCAUACUCAGAUGAUGGAAAUGUUGUCACUGAUGAUGACAAGGUAUCACUGCAAAAUUUCCUUGCUUUGCAGGACUUCUUCCACAAGUUUCCACAGUUUAAGAAGAAUGAUUUCUAUGUCACGGGAGAGUCUUAUGCAGGGAUAUAUGUUCCCACGCUGUCAGAGAGGAUAAUCUCUAGCAAUACCUCAAGCAACUUCAAGGGCUUUGCUAUUGGCAAUGGACUCUUGAGCUAUGCUUCCAACUCAGAGUCUUUGAUAUUUUUCGCAUACUAUCAUGGACUCAUCGGUGAUGGAGUAUGGGAUGCUUUGCAGACUCACUGUUGCCAAGGAGUACCAACAAAGGAGUCCUGUAACUUCACAGUUGGGGAUAAUGUUUGCCAGAAGGCGGUAGAAACUGUCAACCAUAUCAUUGGAGAUAUUGGGCUCAACAUUUACAACCUAUAUAGUGACUGCAGUGACUCCAGCAGACAAGGAUCUGCUCUCAAAUAUGGAAUUGACCUAACAAAUCUACUUCUGCCAUUUCUAAAACUGGUAGGAAAAGAGAAAACGGAUUCCCUACUCAUGGCUGGAAAAUAUCAUCAGCAUGCAAGCCCACCUUGCAUCAGUGAUGAUGCUCUCUUGAAGUAUCUGAAUGGAAAAGAUGUUCGGGCUGCACUUCACAUUUCACCAAAAGUGAAGAAGUGGGAUAUAUGCAGUCAAGAUAUUCUCUUGUCCUAUGGCCGUGUCUAUGAGACAAUGGAACCCCAAUUUCAUCGACUUCUGAAGCAUUAUCGGGGAUUGGUAUACAAUGGAGACAUUGAUAUGGCAUGUAAUUUCCUUGGAGAUGAAUGGUUUGUGAAUUCCCUGAACCUACAGGUGACAAAUCCACGAAAGCCCUGGUAUUUCAACAAUCAAGUUGCUGGGUUUGUGAAGAGAUUCCAUAACUUGGACUUGCUUACCAUCAAGGGAGCAGGUCAUAUGGUCCCUGAAGAUAAACCUGGACAAGCCUUUAAAAUGAUUGCCAGCUUCCUGUAUGGAAAGAAUUACUGAUUUUCCUCAUCCAUCUCCAGGAGAUUGAUGGGAGCCAAUCUGUUCUAGCAAUAUAUUGUGAAUUUUUUCACUUAACUGUUGAUAUGUUUAUCUCUUGUUCAUGCCCAAAAAAUCAUUGAAUAUGUGGAGUCUAAUUUCUCUUCAUUUGCAAUGAUUGAACAAUUAUAUAAUUUGUCUUAUUUUCAUGUUAUGUGCCUCCGUAUAACUUCUGUGCCAAUUUUCUUGUCUUAUUUUCUUUAACAAGACUUCCUAUAUCAUG